AUGGCUUAUCCUUCACCUAGCCUUCCGCUCACCUCCCCCGACGAAGAACCGCGCCAACCGCCUCACAAACGCGCCCGAUCAGAUGCCGAAUCGCCCUCUCACGGCCAUGCUGUCCUACCAAAUGCUUCUAAUCUCGUCAAAUCCGAUGAUGCAGCUCCGGGAGGUCCUGAAGCGCCGCGACUCUACAGCUGUGGCAAAUGCCUGAAGUCCUACAACCGUCUGGACCAUCUCAGUCGUCAUGUUCGCAUGCAUACCCAGGAACGUCCUUAUGUCUGCCAGAUCUGUACCAAGGCAUUUGCUCGAGCCGACCUUCUAAAACGUCACACUCUGGCGCAUUCGAAAGACGAUCCUAAGGCGAAGAUGAUCUCUGUUCAGCAUAGUCGCGUUUCCCAAGCCUGCGAGGCCUGCGCGGGCCUCCAUUUGAAGUGUGAGGAAGAAAAGCCUUGCAAGCGAUGUAGCAAGAAGAACAUUCAGUGCAAUUACACCGCCACCUUUGCCCCGGCUGACGUUCAACAGUCCUCACCGGACAGUGAAUUUGCUGAGCAGCAGACGUAUACCGACAAUGUGCAGCAGAUGGACGAAAUGCAAUCCGUGCGGCAUUUGCCAGCUGUGCAAGCAAUGCCUAUCCAGCCGUCACCUACAGAUCAACCGCGGAAUCCGUACGUUCUGCCAGCCAUGCAGAUGACUGACCAAGGCCCGCCCCCUCCUCACAUUCAACCCGAUCAUAUGCGUUUCAAUGGCUCCAUGCUGCCACCGCCGACAGGCAGGCAUGACAUGUUCGACUACCUUCGUCACAAGAUGAUGCCGUCGCCAGGCCAUCCGCACAAUGGUAUACAGGUGAUUGACUAUCAGUCGAAUCCAUGGACCCCACGUGAGCUCUUCGACUUUGGCGUCGACACAAACAUGGAGCUGAACGACGUGGAUCUGAGCUUCCUGGACACUUACAACAAUGCGAACCCUUUCGAUUUGCGCACCCCGAGCACAGGUUUUCCCACGACCGGGUCGGACACUAUGCCGAGCUUUCAAGCCGCGCCGCUUCCACCUCUGGACACAGCACCACUUCCCAGAGCAUCGGUUUGGCGUUUUAGACCUCUCGCUAAAGAUUCCGGCUCUGCCGAACAGGCUAAUUUAUCCUUGCCUACGCCUACCAGUCUGGAUAUCGAUCGGAGGGUGACUUGCGAGCCUCUCUCUACGACAUCUCGAGACAAAAUCUUGGCGAUGAUUUUGAGCACGUGUAAACCCACGAACAUUCCACGCGUCGUAGCUUGUUUCCCAUCAAUCGGCCUGUUGGACAGUCUUUUUCAGUUUUCGCUCACUUCUCCUGGAUCACACGCAAAACACUGGAUACAUGCGCCUACGCUUCUCGCCGUCCAGACAAGACCGGAACUACUGGCGGCCAUAGUAGCUGCUGGGGCGGUCCUGGCACCCGAUGCCUCCAUUAGAAAGGUCGGAUAUGCCAUCCAGGAGGCCAUUCGGACAGCUGUCCAGGUACAGGUCGAAGAAGACAACACAUUGCUGCGCGAUCUUCAAAUAAUGCAGACAUCUUUGUUACAACUAAAGAUUGGUUUAUGGAGCGGAGAUAGUAGAAAGAUGGAGCUCGCAGAGGGUUUUCAACAGGUUCUAGUGACAAUGGCUCGCCGCAGUGGUCUUUUCCGACGUGGCACUUAUGAACGCAUCGUGCCGUUCCCUGAGGAUCAAGGCGAUGUUCUGGAGGCGAAGUGGCGCAAAUGGGUGAAACAGGAGUCGCGGAAACGUUUUGCUCUGCACUUAUUCCGUCAUGACCUGGAGGCUUCGGUCUGUCUGCUCGGCAGUCCUCUCAUCUCAUACGCUGAGCUCUAUCUACCCCUUCCAGAGUCGGAGAUCCUUUGGGUCGCGCCCUCGGCCGAGUCAUGGGCCGCAACAUACAUGCGAAACCCAAACACCAAGCAUGAUCGGCAACCUUCGCUCAUCGAAUGUCUCCAGGAUCUGGACAUUCUUGCCGUCCGAGAUAUCUUCGUGGAUCAACGGCAGGCAAGCAUGGCUGUCUUGGGAGCGGCGUGGCGAAUGAUCUGGGAGUAUCGCCAGCUAGAUUCCUCCAUGAAAGACUACAACAAUCAGUGGAGCAACGGCAACUUGCUGAUGAACACACGUCACGCAGAGCUUACCAAGCUGCUGCAGAGCUUCCGCAUCAGCUCUGUCGAGGACACGAAGGUCACGCUCAUUGUCGAGCUGCUCCUGACUCAUUUGCACAUGUCGCUCGACGACGUUCAUCUAUUUGCCGGCGUCGAAGGCGAAGAGGAGGCCCGUCGAGUAUAUCCUUCGCUUGUUCAGUGGACGCGGACGACCACUGCUCGCCAAGCCCUUUGGCAUGCAGGACAGGUCAUUCGGGCUGCCCGCAACUUGCGACCCGGUCUCAUUUGCGACUUCGCCGCCAUUGCCGUCUACCAAGCCAGCCUCGCAUUCUGGUCAUACGGCAUCAUUACCCGAGGUGUCGAACAGGGCAUGCGGAGCAAUGACAAUAUGACUGCUUGGCUCGACGGUGAGGAUGAUAACAGCGUCCGCCGCUGGAUCAACAACGGAAAAGGCCAUGCUGGAAUUCGCACAUGGACCGGCAACCCCAGCACUGAAAUCACGGUCAUGGUGUCGAAUCCCGACGACAUUGUGGCGGCGGUGGUGGCCGCCAUGCGCAGGAACCAAAGCGAGACCCGGAACCCCCCUCUCGUGGACAAUCUGAUCAAUAUCAUGGAAGGUCUCCGCAAGGCGGUAAAGCAUUGA